AUGUAUCACACAAAUGACCCUUAUAAGUUUAUCAGACACAUAAAAAAAUUAUCUUUACUCCGUAUUUUUGUACAAAGUGAUGUUAUUUCUCUCUGUGCGCUUAAAAUGUUCACCACAAUUCUUAAAAAGGAAAUGAUUAAGCAUGAGAUUGUAUUUGUUAAUGAAGAUACACUUUUAGAUUUAGAUACAGAAUUUUAUUAUAUAACCAGUGAUAUUGAGGACGAUAAAGAGAACACAUUUAAUAACUUGUCUUUUAUGAAAAUAGAAAAUUUAAUUAAUAGUACAAAACGUUUACUUUUUGGAGAGGAAGUUUGCUUUUGUUGUAGCGAUAGAUUAGAUAUUUUAUACAAUAUGUAUAAGUUACUUAAACAUUCUAGUUUUAUUGAUGAAGGGUCUUUAUGGGCCCUAAUAGUAGGAUUUUCUUUCUAUAAGAUUUAUUUGUACAAAAAAUCAGAAGAAGUUAAAGAUGACAGUGAAGAAGAUAAUUAUUAUUCUAAUAGUAGUAUUUGUACUACUUGUAAUGAAAUGUACACAACUAUUUGUAUAGAAAUAAAAAAAUUAGAUCGAGAAGAUAAAGAUGGUAUCUUUCUAGAAUAUGAUGUAUCACUUCCAAUAUUAAAUUAUUCUAAUUUGUAUAGAAGUAUACAACAUGACGUGUAUUUUAUAGCAAAAUACAAGCUUAUUUAUAAAAAGAGAAAAGACUUAGAGGAUAUAAAAAUUAAAAGCUUUUUAGCUAAAAAAGGUAUAAGUAUUGUAAAAGCUAAAGAGAAAUAUAAUAAUUUAGAUCACACUACUAAGAAAUAUAUUAGUAGUGUUAUAGAUACAUGUAAAAUAUUUAUAAGAAAGAAAGGACAUACACAUAAAAUUACAUCAAUAGACUGUUAUUUUUUAAUGAAUAGAUAUUUAUUUAAAAAUCAAAGUGCAGAAGCAUAUUUAUUAUUAAAUAAUCCUACAGAUUAUUUUAAUGAUAAAAAGAUAAAUGAUAUUUAUGAUAGUAUACAAUCUAUAAAAGACUCAAUAGCUUAUGUGUCUAAGGUUGAUAAAUUACUUAUUUUUAAAUUAUCAUAUAAAAAUAUUUUAAAUAUUAAUUCUUAUAUUAAAUUUGCGUAUAACAUGAUAGAUCUUUAUAAAAGAGAGAGACAGUUAAAAUAUUCAUUUAUUUUAAUGUUAGACAAAUUUGAAAUAUCUAAAUGUGUAGUAUACGGUAAACAGAUUAGUCUUUCAAAUAUAAAUAUAGAUGGAAUUGUGAAGAUAGAUAAACAAGAGUUUCUUAGAAAUCUUGUUAAUGAUAAAUAA